GAGUUUCCAAAGGGCGUAUUUAUCUUCCAGAGUGCUGCCUAAGUGUCGCUUAAUCAUUAAGCAUCUGAUUUCCUCCAAGUAAUCUGUCAUGCUGCUUUUGAUCUAGUGCCCAGGAGGGAAGAACGCAGAGGAUUUCUGGCCAUGGCCCCAAGGAAGAGGAGCAGUCGAGGGAUCUCCUUCAUCUUCUGCUGCUUUCGCAGCAGCGACCACCCUGAGAUCACGUACCGGCUGCGCAAUGACAGCAGCUUCACGCUGCAGACCAUGGAGCCAGCGCUGCCCAUGCCACCGGUGGAGGAGCUGGACGUCAUGUUCACCGAGCUGGUGGAUGAACUCGACCUCACGGACAAGCACAGAGAGGCCAUGUUCGCGCUGCCGGCGGAGAAGAAGUGGCAGAUCUACUGCAGCAAGAAGAAGGACCAGGAAGAAAAUAAAGGAGCCACCAGCUGGCCGGAGUUUUAUAUCGACCAGCUGAACUCAAUGGCUGCUAGAAAAUCACUGAUCGCCUUGGAAAAAGAAGACGAGGAGGAGAGAAAUAAAACAAUCGAAAGUUUGAAGACUGCACUGAGGACGAAACCAAUGAGGUUUGUAACCCGGUUCAUCGACCUGGAUGGCUUGUCGUGUAUUCUGAACUUUCUCAAAAGCAUGGACUAUGAGACGGCAGAGUCUCGAAUACAUACCUCGCUCAUUGGAUGUAUAAAAGCACUAAUGAACAACUCCCUGGGCCGGGCUCACGUCCUGGCCCAUUCAGAGAGUAUUAACGUAAUCGCUCAGAGUCUGAGCACGGAGAAUAUUAAGACGAAGGUGGCAGUGCUGGAAAUCAUGGGCGCUGUGUGCCUGGUUCCCGGGGGCCACAAAAAGGUACUGGAGGCGAUGCUGCACUACCAGAAAUACGCCAGCGAACGGACUCGUUUUCAGACGCUGAUCAAUGACUUGGACAAGAGCACAGGGCGGUAUCGGGAUGAAGUGAGCCUCAAGACAGCCAUCAUGUCCUUCAUCAACGCAGUCCUGAGCCAGGGGGCAGGCGUGGAAAGCCUGGAUUUCAGACUCCAUCUGAGAUAUGAAUUUCUCAUGCUCGGGAUCCAGCCAGUCAUUGAUAAACUAAGAGAGCAUGAAAAUUCAACCCUUGACCGGCACUUAGAUUUUUUUGAAAUGCUUAGAAAUGAGGAUGAGCUGGAAUUUGCCAAAAGAUUUGAGCUGGGAGUGUUUGUCACCCAAAAGUGGUCUCAUGGUGCUGUUUCAGAGCACAGUGAGCUUCGGCAGAAGCUGGAGAAGAAGGAGCGGGAGUGCGAUGCCAAGGCCCAGGAGAAGGAAGAAAUGAUGCAGACGCUGAACAAGAUGAAGGAGAAGCUGGAGAAGGAGUCCAGCGAACACAAGCAGGUCAAGCAGCAGGUGGCAGAUCUCACGGCGCAGCUUCACAAGACGAGCAGGAGGGCAAUCUGUGCUGCUGGCCCCGGAGGACCUCCAUUGCCACCAGGAGCUCCUGGUGGCCCUUUACCUUCUCCAGCUCCCAGCUCCCUCCUUCCCCCUCCACCACCACCACCA